AUGUCGGCACCACAGAUACCCAAUCUGAAUUCUCUGCGAAGAGGUGGCCUGCGAGGAAGAGGUCGCGGAUUGGCAGAUCGUGCUGCUGGAGGCGCAGGUCGUAAACAAAUCGAUCAUGACCAAGUGGUGCGAAACACGGAUAACGAUGCCGCAACUUCUCGAUUGAGUGCCAUUGAGGCUGGAUAUCUCCAAGAUCCCUUCGCCAGACUCCUCACAACGGGAGAUGGCGUCCAGAGAAGAUUGCCCUUGAUGAAUCGAGGGACUUAUGUGAGAACGACGGGCAUUGACAGAAUUGUCGACACUUUCCUAUCGUCGAAACCACCGGGACGCAAACAAAUCAUUUCUCUCGGAGCUGGCAGCGAUACCAGGUAUUUCCGGUUGAAGCAGAGGAAUCAGAGUCUUGAUCUGGCCUACCAUGAAAUUGAUUUUGCGGCAAACACACAACGCAAGAUCGCCCAAUUACGGGGUCCACUCUUUUCUCAGGAAGGCAAGGCAUUAUGUGACUUGGAUUUUCAUGCUGCUGAUGUCCAAGUAUCUCAGGAGCAAACGGCAUUAUCCUCGCCGGAUUACUCCAUCCAUGCGCAAGAUCUUCGUGGUUUGCGAAAGGAAGGAAUAAAACUCACAGGAAUCGACACAGCACUAUCGACGCUCAUCAUCUCCGAAUGCUGUCUCAUCUAUCUGCCUCCAGAAGAUGCGGACAAUGCUCUGGAGUACUUCAAUCAAACCUUUCCACCAAGCACGUCUUUGGCCAUUGUAAUCUACGAACCCAUCCGGCCCUUUGACCCAUUCGGGAAGACGAUGGUGAGGAAUCUUUUGGAAAGGGGAAUUCAACUGCAGACCCUCGAGAAAUACUCGGGACUGGAGGAGCAACGACAACGACUGAGAGAUCACGGCUUCAUCGCAACCUCAGAGGAGCCAAUAGCUGGAGCAGAAGCAGCCGACAUUGACACGAUCUGGCACAAGUGGAUUCACAGUGAGGAAAAGGAGAGGAUUGAGGGGUUGGAAUGGAUGGAUGAAGUGGAGGAGUUCGUCCUAUUAGCGAAGCAUUAUUGUAUCUGCUGGGGUUGGCGGGGAUUUGAGAACGAUUUGGUAUGGAGCCCGUUGUUGCAAACCCUCCAAACUGGUGGAUGA